UACUUUGCUUCAGUUAAAUUCAGCAUUAACAGACAAAUAUCGGACGGAAAAUGACAAAUUUGGGCUAAAAACCACCGACCGAAGUGACGCAAACAUCGUAGCGAGCCAGUGAUUUGUUUACAACACGACACGGACAUCGGCUUAAACUACGACAACUGUCGUAAAGCGAUCCUCGCCUCCAUGGCGUCGUCAGGUGACGUUCGAGAGAAACUGCGGAACAAACCGCGCGCUUUGCUCGGGAGGAACAUAAACGAGGACGACGAGCAGGCUCUGGGUCCGUCCGCCACCGCGAGGGAGGAGAACCCCGGAGCUCCCAUGAAGCAGGACCCCCAGAGCAGUGAGGAGGACCCCGGAGAGACCCUGAAGAGGACCUUCAGGGCUCAGAGACAGAGGCGGAAGGAAAGGCUGCUGGAGCGAUCUUCAGCCCACGAGUCCCCUGACGAUGGUGAUGAUGGCGAGGAGGAGAUCUCCGCUGCCCAGCACCACGGCGAGGCCGAGGGGUCGGCGAGACCCCCGACCGGCCUCUCCUCAAGACCCCAGCGGACCCCCGACUCCCAUCUGGACAGCUUGGUGACGCGCCGCCUGGAGCAGAGGCUGAGAGCGGCCCGGUCCAAAGGGGAGAGCUUCCAGCAGCAGGAGGAGCCGGCCAGCCGCCUGCAGGGCCUCCGAGACCGAGACGCCGCCACGCGCUUCGACCGGGAGGUGGAUCCAGAGAGACCCGGCAGGCCCGACGACCCCCUGGCCCCGGGCGGCAGGGUCCAGUUCAGAGAAGCGGCGAGACGGGCGGAGGACGGCCUGCCGACGGCCGAGGAGGCCUACAACUUCUUCACGCUGGACUUCGAGCCGGAUCCGCCGGGCGCCGCCGAGGAGAAGACCGGAGCCGAGCCGGGCCGGGCGGCCGAGGAGGACGGAGACGAAGAGCGGGAGGCGGCCGAGGGCGCCGUCCGCGACGAACACGGAGACCAGAGCGAAGACGCCCCUCUGGUGCCGGACGGCGAGGCCCGUCUGCUCGCCGUGGAGCGGUCGUCCCGGGACUUCCUGGAGGUGAGGAGAGCCGAGUACGUCGGGCGCCGGGAGCGCGUCCGGCGGGAGGGCGAGCUCCUCUUCACGCCCAGCGCACGCACAGCGCCGACCUCCGUCAAGCUGCCCAAGAACACGCAGCCUCGCUACCUGGAGGACGAGGGCCUGUACGUCGGGGAGAGGCCCCCGGUGUCGCCGGCCAACCAGAACAUCCUGGAGAACCGCUUCUUAAAGAUGGAGGAGGGAAAGAAGUGGUUUGGGGACGACGGCCGGAUCGUGGCCCUGCCCGACCCCAUCAAGGAGUCCUCCACCAGACCCCCCCUGUUCCACAUGGAGGAGGACCUGGACCCCGCACUGCAGCCGGUCUACAGGAAGGCGCUGAAGUCCAAGAAUGCAAACCUGUAUCUGGCCGGCGCGGCGGACCCCGAGGGGGACUACCAGCUGGACGUGGACGUCUCCGGGCUGAUCUUCUCCCAUCACCCCCUCUUCAGUCGGGAGCAUGUCCUGGGGUCCCGCCUGGCCCAGCUGUACGACCAGUACCUCACGAGGCAGGGCAAUAACCUCACGGGGCACCUCACUGACAAGUUGAGUGGACUGAGGAGCGCCCUGAGGAACAUCCUGGAGGUCCACGGUGGGGAGAGCCUCACUCCCGCCAUGCAGCAGAGGGUCUCUGAGUACAGCCUGGAGGUCAGGACGACUCGGCAGCUGCGAGACGGCGAGCAGGAGAAAGACAGGACGCUGCUGAAGAACAUCGUGAAGGUGUGGAAGGAGAUCAAAGCCCUGAGAGACUUCCAGAAGUUCAGCAACACGCCCUUCAAGCUCUACCUCCGGAGGGAGGAUGUGGACCAGGCCUCAGACGAGCGAGAGCACGAGAACCAGAUCCUGUCCGAGGUCGUGGAGACGGAGGCCGAGAUGGAGGAAGUCCACCAGAGGAAGCUGACGGAGUACAAGACGCAGCUGGAGGAGUGGAAGCUCUGGAGGAGGAAACAGAAAGCCAAGAAGAAGAAGAGGAAGAAGAAGAAGAAAGGUCCCGCACAGGAUGACACUGAAGACGAUGAAGAUGAGGCGAGCCAAUCAGAAGGCCCCGUUGAGGACGGCCCCCCGAAGCCGGAGCCUCCCGAGGGGCCCGACCUGGGCUCCGUGGAGCGGAGCGCCAGGGAGAAGGCCUCCAGGAUCCGCCGGAGGCCCGGCGACGCCGUCCUGGUGCCGGAGCUGUCGGCCUCCGGCCCCGUCACCGCCACCGAGCUGUGCCCCAGGCCCGAGGUCGCCCGCCGCGAGGACGUGUCGCGGCGCUCCGUCUUCGCCAAGAUCCUGUACAACAACAAGGAAGUGUCGCGCACCGCGGGGCGCGGCCUCAACGCCGACUUCAGGGUGAGCUUCGGACAGAUCUUCAACCUCAAGAUACUCAACUGCCCCCAGAGCAUCAACCUGCAGGUCUUUGAGUCGGUGGGCUCGUCCUGCUCCCUCCUGGCCCAGGUCUUCGUCCCGGUCCCGGACCCAUCGGUGGUGACGGGCUCGGUCCCCGUGGAGGAGUACGAGUUCAGCAGCAACCAGCGCGUGAUGUUCGACCACGAGGGCGUGGGCAGCGACGUGCCGCUCUCCUUCGAGGCCGACGGCGGCAACAAGCUGACGCUGCUGACCUCGGGGAAGCUGUCCUGCUGCGUCUGCUGGGGGUCCGAGGAGGACGGCGUCCCGCUGGCCCCGCCGGCGUCUCAGCAUCCGGGCGCCAAACACGGCGGUCUGGGUCGCCUCGACGCCGUCACGUACAUCGGAGCGUCUGGACUGUACGACAUGAAGAAAAUCAGCGAGUGGGCCACGCGGUCGCGCCUGGACCCCAACGACCCGAAGAACGCCUCCAUCAUGCAGCUGCUGAAGGUGGCCAGCAGCGGGGAGGUGACGGCUCCGGAGUACUUCCGCCUGGAGCAGCUGCAGGAGGAGUUUAACUUCGUGAGCGACGCCGAGCUGGAGCGCUCCAAGCGGUUCCGCCUGCUGCGCCUCCGCAGCCAGGAAGUGGCCGAGUUCCGUAACUACAGGUGUGUUCCCGCCCUGGAGCGGGAGGUCACCGACAAGGCGUUCCAGGACUACGAGAAGAGGCUGAAAGAAGGAGAGCAGGUGGACACCUCAGAACACCUGGACUCACACAGAGCCCUGGUGUCCAGGUACCUCCAGAAGAUCCGAGAGUCGGUCAUCAACAGAUUUGUUCUGGCCAAGCACCACUACCUCCUGUCUGACCUGGUGAUAGAGGAGGAGAUACCGAGCAUCGGUGGUCCAGGUUCGGGGAUUCUGGGAUUGAACCUUUUCAAGCUGGCUGAACCGAAGCGUCCGCUGAAGCCUCAGAGGAAGGAGAGGAAGAAGGUCACGGCUCAGAACCUGUCGGACGGAGACAUCAAGCUGCUGGUCAACGUCAUGAGGGCCUACGACAUCCCCGUCCGCCGGCCGCUCAGCAGUAAAGCGGGCCCGUCCCAGAGCGCCAUCCAGGGCAGCGAUUGGCUGAUCAACCAGGUCCAGGUGAGGCCCUUUGUGGAGGUCUCCUUCCAGCGCACGGUGCUCCAGACCACCACCGCCGACGGACCCAACCCCAGCUGGAACGAGGAGCUGCAGCUGCCCUUCAGUGCCCCUAAUGGCGACUACAGCGCUGCCGUCCUGCAGUCGGUGAAAGACGAGGUCUUCAUCAACAUCUUCGACGAGGUGGUCCAUGAGACGGGAGAGAGCGACCAAGACCGAGGGAGGUCCAUCCUCACGCGCGUGGAGAAGCACUGGCUGGGCUCCGUGAAGAUCCCGUUCAGCACCAUCUACUCCCAGGCCCGGGUGGACGGAACGUUCAGGGUCAACACGCCCGCCGUGCUGCUGGGCUACAGCAAGGAGCGCAGCCACGGCGCCGCCGGCGGCUACGACGCCCUGCGCAGCCUGAGCGAGGGGGCCUUCAUCACGCUCUUCAUCACCAUCCAGCCACAGCUGGUGCCCGGGGAGUCGCUCAGGGAGAAGAUUAAGGACCUGAAGUUCGACAGCCAGGAGGAGGAGCGCCUCCUGCAGGCCGCCGAGCGCUUCGAGCGCGACGCGGCGCGCGUCCACCCGGCGCGGCCGUGCGUCACCACCGUCAUCGACCUCAACGGGAAGACGGUGUUCGUCACGCGGUUCAUCCGACCGCUCGACCCGCCGCGCGAGCUGCUGGACGCCUGCGGCGACAACUCGCAGGACGCGGCGGCCCUGGUCGCCAGGUUUGUGUCGCUCAUCCCUUCGCUGCCCGACAGGGUUUCCUUCUCCGGGGCCUGCGACCUGUGGAGCACCUGUGACCAAUUCCUCACCCUGCUGGCGGGAGACGAGGAGGAACACGCCGUGCUCCUGUGCAACUACUUCCUGUCUAUGGGCAAGAAGGCCUGGCUGACCAUCGGCACGGCCAUACCAGAGGGCCCCACGGCGUACGUGCUGACCUUGGAGCAGGGCCGCCACCUCAUCUGGAACCCCAGCAGCGGUCAGUUCUACGGUCAGUACGACACCUUCUGCCCGCUGCAGACGGUCGGCUGCCUGGUGGACGCCGACAACGUUUGGUUUAACAUUCAGGAAUACGCGUCUCCCAUGACGAUGAGUUUCGACACCACGAAGGCCAACUUGUGGAAGCCCUUUUUCUCGCGCUCCUUCUCCCACCCCGGGCUGUCCAGUGUUCAGCCGGAGCAGCUGGUGUAUCGGCGCGCAGACAAGGUCGCCGCGGCAGAGCUGCAGGACAGGAUCGAGAAGAUCCUGAAGGAGAAGAUCAUGGAGUGGCGCCCUCGCCACCCGACCCGCUGGAACCGCUACUGCACCUCCACCCUGAAGCAGUUCCUGCCCAAGCUGGAGCAGAGCGGGGGGCGGGACGUGUCCGAGGGGCACCGCCACGAGCUGCAGGGGCUGCUGGGGGACAACCGGAUUUCGGGGUUCCCCCUGCACCUGCCGUUCUCUGAGAUCCGGCCCAUCGUGGAGGCGGUGCACAGCACCGGCGUGCACAACGCCCACGCCUCCAACGUGGAGUUCGCCCUGGCCGUGUACGUGCACCCCUACCCCAACAACGUGCUCUCCGUCUGGGUGUACCUCGCCUCGCUGGUGCGCUCGUGAGACGCAUGAAUGAGCUUUACCUUUUAUUUAAAAUGUCACACUUUGACCCGAUAUUGUAUAUUUAAUGGAUAUCAUAUCUUUGUAAUACAGAGUUGCUAGUUUGAUAUCUGUAUAACACAAUAAAACUGCAUUAAAUACCA